AUCCCCCCGAUUCAAUCACAAUCGGCGAGUUCAUGAACAAUGAGCAAUACGGUCGCUAUCCUCUCGCCAAAGCUAGAAACCCCUACACCUGCGGUUUGUCCGGCAGAUCGUACACAGCAUCCGAAGUGAAACAGCGAACCGAUUACUUGGCGCGGGCGAUCUCCAAGAAGCUCGAGUUCGCACCAAACGAGGGCACAGAAUGGGACAAGGUCGUUGCUCUCUUCUCCCUCAACACCAUCGAUUACAUUCCCUUCACACACGCCGUCCACCGCCUGUCGGGCAUAGUAACCCCGGCCAGUGCCGCGUACUCGGCUCAAGAAUUUGAGCACCAGCUGCGAUCGUCCAACGCCAAAGCCAUCUUCACGUGUAUCCCGCUGCUCGAGACUGCGCUCAAGGCAGCCAAGGCAGUCAACAUCCCCAAUGACCGCAUCUUCUUGUUGCCAGUUCCUGGCGUUGAUCAGAAGACACCGUACGCCACCGUGGAGGAUCUCAUUCAAGAGGGCAAGUCGCUACCUGAAUUGGAGCCUCUGAAAUGGGUCAAGGGACAAGGCGCACGACAGGUCGCAUACUUGUGCUACUCAAGUGGUACAUCUGGUUUGCCUAAAGCCGUCAUGAUCUCACACCGAAACGUCAUUGCGAACGUCAUUCAGUUCAGAACAUACGAGUCCGUCGCCAGGAAAGAGCUCGGUAUUGAGACACAAGCUGGCUUGGGCCUGCUGCCCUUCAGUCAUAUCUACGGCCUGGUGGUUGUCGCGCACUGCGGUACCUACCGUGGAGAUGGAAUCAUCGUGCUCCCCAAGUUCGAGCUGAAGCAGUUCCUUGCCGCCGUCCAAAAUUUUAAGAUCAACUGUUUACCAGUCGUCCCGCCAAUUGUGAUCCAGGUUAUUCGCAACCAGGAGUUGUGCAGCAAAUACGAUCUCAGCAGCGUGCGCUUUGUGUACACAGGCGCCGCGCCUCUUGGCGCCGAGACUGUCGAGGAGCUUAAGAAGCAAUACCCGAAGUGGAAUGUCGGCCAAGGUUAUGGCAUGACCGAGACCUGCACUGUCGUUUGCACGACAUCUGAAAUUGAUAUCGACGUUGGCUCUUCAGGGUCCCUUGUCCCAGGUACCCGCGGAAAGAUUGUCGACCCCACGACGGGCGAAGAGAUCACAGAAUACAACAAGCCCGGCGAGCUGCUCGUGCAGAGCCCCUCCGUGGUCUUGGGCUACCUCCACAACGAGCGCGCGAAUGCCGAGACCUUUGUCUGGCAUGAGGAUGGUCGUUGGAUCCGUACUGGUGAUGAGGUCCUUGUGCGCAAGUCGGCUGCGGGCAAUGAGCAUCUUGUCAUUGUCGACCGUAUUAAGGAGCUCAUUAAGGUGAAGGGCCACCAGGUUGCUCCGGCCGAACUCGAGGCACACCUCCUUACCCACCCAGCCGUGUCCGACUGCGCUGUCAUUCAAGUCCCCGACGAGCGGGCCGGCGAGGUGCCAAAGGCCUAUGUCGUGCGCGCCGCUUCAUAUGCCAGCAAGCCUGAAGCCGAGGUCGCGGCCGAUAUCUGCAAGCACGUCGAGGAGCACAAGGCGCGGCACAAGUGGCUCAAGGGCGGUGUCGAGUUCGUCGAUAUCAUCCCCAAGAGCCCCAGUGGCAAGAUCCUGCGCAGGUUGCUACGUGACCGGGAGAGAGAUGCUAGAAAGGCCAAGGGCCCCAAGCUCUGA